UUCAGUUUCUUGUCUUAACUCAACAAGAUGAGGGUUGCUUGCUUUAUCGCUCUUUUGUUCGUGAAUGCUGAUGCAGCGUGGUUAUUCGGUGAUGACGACCACAGUGCUAACGCUGGUGUUGGUGCGUCAGUUGACUUACCUCUCCUAGGACCUGUUGGCGCUUCUCUUGGAGGUUCUCUCGGCAGUAAUGCUGGUAAUCACGCAUGUACAUGCGCUGGUCCAGGUGCUGGUGGAAACGAUGGUCUUGGUGGUGGACUUGGUGCCUCUGUCGAUUUGCCAUUCAUUGGACCAAUCGGUGCUUCCCUGGGCGGAUCUCUUGGCGGACACAGCGGCCACGGGGGCCACGGGGGUCAUCAAUGGCUCGGCGGUGCCAUAAAUGGUUUGUUCGGUGGGAAAGGAGGAAAGGGAGGUAAAGGAGGUAAAGGAGGAAAAGGAGGUAAAGGAGGUAAAAGAAGAAAGGGGGGAAAUGGAGGGCUCGGUGCCUCUUUCGGUGGUCUUCUUGGUGGAAAUGGUGGACACGGUGCUUCUUUGGGUGGUCUUCUCGGUGGAAAUGGUGGACUAGGUGCUUCUUUGGGUGGUCUUCUCGGCGGAAAUGGUGGGCUCGGCGCUUCUUUAGGCGGUCUUCUAGGUGCAAAUGGUGGAAUCGGUGCAUCUUUGGGCGGUAUUCUGGGUGGAAAUGGUGGUCCCGGUGGACUCGGUGCCUCUUUGGGCGGUCUUCUCGGUGGAAAUGGUGGAAUCGGUGCAUCUUUGGGCGGUCUUCUCGGUGGAAAUGGUGGACACAGCAGUGGACACGGUGGGCUCGGUAGUGUUAAACGGUCUCUUCGGUGGUAUCUAACUGGCUCCGGUAACGGUAAUGGUAUUGCUACAUCAACAGGCAGUGGAAACGGUGGUCUUUCUGUGGAUCUAUCUGGCUCCGGUAGCGGUAAUGGUAUUGCUACACCAACAGGCAGUGGAAACGGUGGUAUUUCAAUCGAUCUUACUGGCUCCGGUAGCGGUAAUGGUAUUGUUACACCAACAGGUAAUGGAAACGGUGGUCUUUCAAUCGAUCUUACUGGCUCCGGUAGCGGUAAUGGUAUUGCUACACCAACAGGCAGUGGAAACGGUGGUCUUUCUGUGGAUCUGUCUGGCUCCGGUAGCGGUAAUGGUAUUGCUACACCAACAGGCAGUGGAAACGGUGGUCUUUCAAUCGAUCUUACUGGCUCCGGUAGCGGUAAUGGUAUUGUUACACCAACAGGUAAUGGAAACGGUGGUCUUUCAAUCGAUCUUACUGGCUCCGGUAGCGGUAAUGGUAUUGCUACACCAACAGGCAGUGGAAACGGUGGUCUUUCUGUGGAUCUGUCUGGCUCCGGUAGCGGUAAUGGUAUUGCUACACCAACAGGCAGUGGAAACGGUGGUGUUGGUUUCAACUUUAAUUUUGGUCAUAAUGGAGCUACCACUGGCGGAAACGGUGGUCUUUCUAUUAACCUUAAUGGCAACGGUGGUGCCGGUAAUAGUGCAAACGGCGGCGCUUCUGCUGGUGAAAACGGUGGUCUCGGUGCUGGUCUUGGUGCCUCUGUCGAUCUUCCACUUAUUGGACCAGUUGGUGCUUCCAUCGAUGGUAACGUCGGUGGCAAUGGUGGUGUUUCCGGGGGUGGAAACGGUGGUAUCGGUGCCUCUGUCGAUCUCCCACUUAUUGGACCAGUUGGUGCUUCAAUCGGUGGUAAUGGUGGUGUUUCUACUGGUGGGAACGGUGGUAUCGGUGCCUCUGUCGAUCUUCCUCUUAUUGGAUCAGUUGGUGCUUCAAUCGGUGGUAACGUCGGUGGUAAUGGUGGUGUUUCUACUGGUGGAAACGGUGGUAUCGGAGCCGGUCUUGGUGCCUCUGUCGAUCUUCCCCUUAUUGGACCAGUUGGUGCUUCCAUCGGUGGUAACGUCGGUGGUAAUGGUGGUGUUUCUGCUGGUGGAAACGGUGGUCUCGGUGCUGGUCUUGGUGCCUCUGUCGAUCUUCCCCUUAUCGGACCAGUUGGUGCUUCCAUCGGUGGUAACGUCGGUGGUAACAGUGGCGCUUCCGUCGGUACCUCUACUACUACUUCUGUUGGUCAUUCCGGGAAUCAUCCAGCAGGUUGGCAGUGGAACAACAAAAGAAUGCCAGCUGAUCUUGCCAACGAAAUGCUGGAGAAUUAUCUUAAUGAACUUCUUCAGUAAUUCGAGUGAUUCGAUACGAACGACUUCUUCAACUGAUUACGGACAAUGAUUCUAGCCAAGCUGAUGCAAAAUAUUUGCUGAAGUUGCGUCUCUUCUUUUAUUUUUCUUACAAUAUUUGGACAAGGAAUACAAGAAAUGCAUACUAAUAA